CACACACACACACACACACACACACACACACACACACACAGGCCAAAAAAGGUCAAAGACCACGAAACGGUUGCACCUGCGUCCACCAAGAAGCACACACGCACCAAGCAAGCAAAGAAGCAGACGACAGCGAGCAGCACCCACGUUUGUUUGUUUGUUUGUUGUUGGGGUGGGGACACGACAGUUUUUGUUGAUGUCAACAAGCAAGCAAGCAAACCACCCGACAACAACUUCUUUGCUUUUUGCUGCGUCAUCGCCUUCACCCAUCGCGGUGAUUGUCCACGUUGGAAAGCAUCACCACCACCCAGCCAGCAAGCAAGCCAGCAAGCAGCGCGACACCACAGUCUCGGAUCUGUGGCUCGUUUGUUGGAUGCAUCCUUUUCGCCAUUCAUCCAUCCAUUGCCGCUCCCCAACAUCCAUCAGGCAUCCACCCCAGUCUGGAUCGAUUGAUUGAUUGAUUGAUUGCGGCUUCGCCUCUUUCCCCCUCUUCAACUCUCGUCAACUCUCUCGUUCCAAGAUCCGCCAAGUCUCAGCCUCUCACCAUGACACAACAAGUGGCCGGUGAGGACAUGCAGUUCAUGCAGCGCGUCGCAGAGUGGCAAGCGUACCUCGAUCGCCGCAAGGAUGUCGUCAUCUUCCUGCAGGAGGUCGCCUGCCUCCGCCGCCCCGUCCUAUCGGUGGUCUAUGUGUCGGCGUGGUAUUCCGUCUGGGCGCUCUUCACCCUCACAAACUUCUCCAUCAUGACAAAGCUUGUGCUUGCGGCGACGACGGGUGCGCUGAGCGAGAUGAUGCUGAUGUUCAUCUCAUCGCGUCUUCCGCAGCAGACGGCCGUGCAGCGCCUCCAGUCCAUCUCCCCGCUCGUCGAGCGCCAGCCAUGGCAACUGCCACUGCGGUCUGUGCAGGAGCUGGCCAGUCUACUUGCACACGCGCAGCAGUGGAAGGAGGGCACCAUUCAACACGUCGCAUCCGUCCAGCGCAACCGCCUCGGCACCUUCACCUUUGUGGUGGUGAUGUCGUCGCUGUUCCUCGCGUGGGCAUUCUCCCUCUUCUCCGACACCACCUACCUGUUCUUCCUUGUGUCCACGGUUGUGUGGGCGCCGUUUGUGGAGCGUGUGUAUGCCGUGCACCGCCACUGGCCGCUCGUCUGCACCGUCUCCCAUAAUGUCUUCGGGCGCCUGGCUGCCGCCGUUGCCUACAUCCUCAGCCGCCUCCCCGCCCGAGGCAUCGUCUAUGACCCGAACGCGCGCGUGGAGCCCAUCCCCGUGCACCCCGAUGGCGGCGACACGCGGACCACGGCCCGCCGUGACCCCUCUGCUCGCGCCACAACACAGCGCCGCAGCACCUCAAGCGCAACCCAGGCACAAGAUGCACCCACUGCACCGGCUGCACCUGCAGCGACGAAGCCUGCACCGGCGGCAUUCCCCUCUGCUCCCUCGUCCUUCCCCUCUGCUCCCUCGUCCUUCCCUGCUUCAUCUACUUUGCCGUCGAGCGUGACGACGCGCCGGUCGCGCCCGCGGCCGGGCAGCGAGACGACGCCAGCGAUGACAGCAGAUGCAGCGGCACCAGGGACCAAGGCUGGAUCCCUUGGCACAUUCGGUGCGCCAUCCAAGCCAUCGACAGCCACGACAACCAAGCCGAUGACGACAACGACCAAGGCAACAGCGAAGGAGACUGGGACAAAGGCAGCAGCAACCACGGCGAGCGGCGCCGCGGACAAGGCGAGCAAGACGCAGGACGACAGCGUGGACAAGGACAAGGACGAGAGCGGUAUGAACCUGAUGGAGGAACUGAAGGCUGCGAAGAGGGCGUUUGGGGAUGACGAACCUGUUGCCGAGAAGCGGACAACCUCAGCCAAGCCAUCGACGACUACCAGUACAACUGCCAUGACCGAUACGGCAAGGGCAGCGGCCACGGAGUCCAAGACGCAGCCGUUUCCGUUUGCUGCAACCAAGUUUACAUCGCAGCCCGCGUUCACGCGCAAGCCAGACACGACCAAGCCUUUCUCUUCGUCCUCCUCCUCUUCUUCGUCCUCCACGACGGCAACCACAAAGACAACAGCGGGGCCAACGGCAGCGGCAAUGGCACGUACAGCAGCCACGACAAGCAAGCCCACAGCCACACCGGCGCAGCCAGCGACCAAGAAGGCGAGCUCCGGUGUAGUGAGCACGUUUGGAAGCAUGUUGUUUGGAAUGGGUGGCUCUUCCUCGUCGUCGAAGGAUGAUGAGAAGAAGCCAGCGGAAACAACGGAAACAACGGCGACGACCAAGGAGGCAUCGAAUGAGAAGGCAGCAAGCAAGGGCGAGGAGGGCACCACUACCAAUACCAAGGCGCCCGUGUGCAGCGAGAUUGUGUUUGGCGGGAAGAAGGAGGAGGACAGCGACAAGUCGAAGAAGCCCUUUGGCACCGUGCCCAAGUUCAGCAGCGGCAUCCCCAAGAUGAGGGACCUUGAAGACAGCAGCGGCAAGAACGCCACCAAGUCCGAGUACAAGAAGCCCACGUUCUUCUAUGGAAAGAAGCCAGAGCCUUCCACCACUGCCACAACCGCCCCCACCACAACAGCUGCCCAAACCAGAUCGAGCAUGGCGUCCACAGCGAGCAAGCCUGCAGGCACGACCGGGUAUGGCUUCAAGUUCUCCUUGAACCGCAAGACGGAGGCUGAGGAAGGAACACGCGCCAGUGGCACCAGCACUGGGCCCUUGAGCGCGGUGGACAGGGGCAUUCUUGGCGACAAGAACAAGGGCGACGAUGAUGACGGCGACAAGACGCCGACAGCGUCGUCGACGCCCGCCGAUGCGAGGGUGCGCGCGACCAUCAAGAUUUCGCCAGAGUCUGCCAAGAAGCCGCCCUUUGUGCCGUCCAAGUACAAAAUGGGGAAGGCUUUUGGCGCGCCGAGCACAGCGAGCACAGCAGACACCCAAGACGAGGAGCAGAAGAAGGAGAAGACGGGCGGGCUGUUUGGCAGCUCCUUUUUUACGAGCAAAGAAGACACAGACAACAGCAAGAAGGGCAACCCGUCCCUGUCGCAGCUACUUGCUGACGUGCACGACAGCCACAACAACAACGACGACGAUGACGAUGGCCGUGAUCAGGGCAUUGUGUCCAGCACGCCACGCCACGCUGCUGGCACUGGUGGUGGCCAGCUGAUUGACCUGAGCCUUGGGUUUGACACAGCCAUGAAGGACACCGACGACAUCCCAGACCCAUUGGGACCGUUGCUGAUGAACGAGGACACGGAGGAGGAUGCGUUGGUUGUGACCAGCCCUCCACGCAGUGGUGGGCCCUUCAACCCCACCACCACCACCACCACCACCACCACCACCGCUGAUGAGGAAGAGUACGACCCAACAGACAACACCUCCAGCUACUGAGGUUCGCCAUUGCCGUUCUCUGCGCACAAACAACAGGUUACAGCGCCAGCCUAGCAAGCCAGCGUUGUGCUUCCCUGCUCGGUGUGGUUGGAUAUGUUGCGUUGUGGAUGUGCUGUGUUGUCCCCCUCCUAUGAUCGCCUUGUCUUGCCUUUCCAGAAAGCAAAAAGCUUUGUUUGCGUGCGCGCGCGCGCGUGUGUGUGUGGUUUUGUGUGUGUAUUGUCAUUCAGCCGAAUGGUCGAACUACGCAUCUUCCUACGCUUGUGUAUGUGUGUGUGUGUGUGAUUUGUGUGAUCUGUGUGCUGUUCCCUGCACGGGGGUUUCACCAAAUGAACGAACUGAUCUGAA